AUGUCGUGCAUAGCAAACUUCUUCACCUAUGAAACCACCAAAUCGGUGGUGGUAAAGAGCUGGACCGUCGGCGUGAUCAACCGGGCUGUCCAGCUGCUCAUCAUUUCGUACUUCAUUGGAAAGUUUAAUAGACGGGGUGGGAAGAAUGUAAUGGUGGAAAAAUAUCUAAAUAUCGAUUGUGAAAAUGUGAAAAACAAGCUUUCAGAAAUCCACAUUUCUGUGACUGCCAGGUGUGAAAAAGGAGUGUGUGGAAGGAAGCUCAUGUCUCAUGAGGUUGCUUGCCAAUGUCUCCUCCUACAGGCAUUAUUCCAGAUGAAUAUGGAUGGGAAAAGGGGUUCAUGGCAGGAAAUAACUGGAGUCCUGUCAGUAGUGGGUUGCUCUGUAGACCGAAUCUGGAAUUUUGGUGUAGCUGGAAGGUGGGUGUUCCUGCAUGAGAAGGCCUACCAGAUAAGGGACACCUCCAUUGAAUCAUCUGUCGUGACAAAAGUGAAGGGGUUUGGCAACUACAGCAACCGCAUUAUGGAUACAGCAGAUUACGUCACACCUCCACAGGGGACAUCAGUCUUUGUCAUCAUUACCAAACUCAUUGUGACGGAGAACCAGGUGCAAGGCUUCUGCCCUGAGAAUAAUCUUCGAUACCAGUGUACCUCAGACCGUGAGUGCAAGAAGCCUGUCUCCGUCACCGGAGGUGGAAUAUUAACAGGCCGAUGUGUCAAUUUCAAUGCUACUUUUCGGACCUGUCAGAUCCAGGGCUGGUGCCCAUCAGAAAUGGACAAUGUGGAUGUACCUGUAAUGCUAGAAGCUGAAAACUUCACUCUCUUCAUUAAGAAUAGUAUUCGCUUUCCACUGUUUGAUUUUGAAAAGGGAAACCUGCUACCCAACAUCACAGCAGAAGAUAUCCAGAAAUGCCACUUCCAUCCUUUAAAGCAACCCUUCUGUCCAAUCCUGCGCCUUGGGGACAUUGUAAAAUUUGCAGGGCAAAAUUUUACAUCACUGGCAAAGACGGGUGGGAUAAUAGGGAUCAAGAUUGGAUGGGUGUGUGAUCUGGAUCAUUCUUGGGAGCACUGCAUUCCCAGUUAUUCUUUCAGCCGGCUCGACAGCGUCUCCGAAAAGAGCAAAGUUUCAAGUGGCUACAAUUUCAGAUAUGCUAAAUAUUACAAGCAAGAGAAUGGCACAGAGUUUCGCACCCUGAUGAAGGCAUACGGCAUUCGCUUUGAUGUUCUAGUAUAUGGAAAUGCUGGAAAGUUUAAUAUCAUACCAACACUAAUCAACUGUGUGGCUGCUUUCACGUCUGUCGGGGUGGGGACAGUCCUAUGUGACAUCAUUCUCCUCAAUUUCCUGAAAGGUGCCGAUCAGUAUAAGGCCAAGAAAUUUGAAGAGGUAUCAGAGACGGUUCUGCGUCCCAACAUUCCUAGAAGCUCUACGUAUCGAAGUGACCAUAUGUUGGGAGGCCGUUGUGAGGAGAAGCAAUCAACUGAUUCAGGGGCCUACUCAAUUGGGCUCUAAUAAAUAGGAACUUUGAAGCAGACACAAAUAAAUUCUCUGUGCUGGUCACCUGCAUGGACAUUGCCUUGCGAUAUAGCCUUCACUUUGAGUCUUCUUUUCAAAACCUAUGGUUCAGGAUAUGGCUUACGGUACUUUUUUCUUUCUUUUUACUCUUUUAUCAAGUGCUUGUUAUUCUUCCCACUUUGUCUUUUUCCUCAUCUUAACCAAAUACCUGUCAUGUCUUAUAAAAUCAGAAGAGCCCAUUGCUUCUUCAGACUUCUGGAAAGCCGUGGGGAAUACCAAAAGCUGUUACUAACCCAUUUACUAAAAUGAGACUAUUGUA